CUCGGCGUGGUUCCUACUUGCAACUCUCCUGACCCUACCAGAUGCCACGUCGGUUGCUAUCCCGCAGUGAUAACUGGUAAAACAUUAUUUAUGAUUCAACAAUCGUGGCCACGCCAAGUGAGGUGACUACGCCACUGGAGAAGGUUGAUACCAUGCCUGAUCUCGAAGAUGACGAUGCUUACGUGACCUUCUCCUCCUUGGAAAACCAUGCUCCGGAAGGCUGGAGGAUGUAUACCCACCCCCGCGGCUCGAUUUACUUUCGCAACGACCGGCACAAGGUAAUUGUGGAUGAAGACAUCCGCAUUCCCACCCACCUCAGCCAGGUCGAAAGCCUUUGUGUCAACCGCACACAGCAAGGCCUCCCGGACUACAUGGAGAUAUAUAUGGCAUACGGGGUCGACGCCUCCAUGUGUCUUUUUAUGAACCACAAACAGUGCGUGGCCAGCUAUGAUGUUGCCAAAGUGUCAGCCGGUAGUACAGUUAGGAGGCUACCAGUUGACAGCCUAUUGCGAUUCCGGCGGCUCUAUUGGAAUUUCCUAACGCAUCACCCUUCACACCGUCCGUGCCACGAAGAAGGUUAUCGCGAGGCCAUCGAUGCUCUCAGUGCUUAUUACCAUGACCAUCUUAUCGACGGUUCUCGCAGCGUCGGCCCCUUCUCCAAAAUAGAGUGUGAGCAACUGCUGGAAGCUCUCCAACGCGCUAGAGAUGUUACGGGCGAAAUUAUGCCUUCUGCUAGCAGCAUGCUCGGCUGGAUUUUGAGGGAUGUUUACAGCUUCCGCACCGGACAACGGUACGGGCAAAUUACAUGGACGGAGAUGCGGACAUACCGCAAGGCGCUGUACGCUGCUCCAGAUAUCUCCACACCGGAGUCGGUUAUUACCAAGACGUUCCUCCAGAUAAUCAUCCACGGUCCCUUCUUUGGCAUUCCCCAAACAUAUCUUGCGCAUAUCAAGAAAGCGAGCGAGUUCAGGGGACAUGUAGCCGGCCUCCGUCAGAGCUGGGAAGCCUACACGCGGCAGCUCGUGCAGGAGUACUCUGAUUUCAUUCUCAUUGCGACUGUGUUGCUUUCUGCGACCGUCGGACUGCUCACGGUCAACGACAUCGAUAGCAUCACUCGCGCUGCCGCGCCCCUCUCCGCAUUUGCUUCCCUCGGCAGCAUCACCAUUGGGGUGUUCUUCGUCUGGAGACAUCAGCGUAACAACACAGAGGUGCCAUCGUCCUUUGCUUACCUGCACAACGCACGAAACAGCGCGUUCGGCCUGUCGGGCCAUGCCAUCCUGCUCAGUCUUCCUCCUGUGCUUCUCGUGUGGUCGAUCAUCGCGUUCGCCGCCGCCGCUCUCGCCUAUAGCCUUCACGGCAUAUCUAUCAAUUCCGCACCAGCGUGGGUGGUGCUUGCGAUCUUCAUCGUCGUCUUCGUAGCCGUCACAGUCGGGCUGUAUACGUUCUGGACCAUCUGGAGAUGGCAGAGCCAGGACACCUGGUGGCGGGGCCUUAUGUGCUGGUCACGGAGUCCCGCAAACCGCUGACUGAAC